UAGUUUGUUCGAGUUUUCGGCGCUCUAUGAAUCAGGCCUUCCAGGCUUUGAAAUCCAUCGCAGUCUACAGUCACUCUCAGGCAGGCGGCAUUAAAUCCAGCACCGAGGCAGCUGUCAGUGCUAAAAUGACGUUCAGCCGCUUGUUAUCUCGAGCUGUUCUCAUUAACAGGGCCGGAUCCAGAUCAGCCUUCACUAGCUCCAAGACGGACACAACCAACCCCAACUGGCUGCAAGUGGGUCUUGCGUUUGGAACAUCGGCUUUUAUCUGGGGCCUGCUCUUCAAACAGCACAGCACAGAUGUUCACGAGUACGAAGUGAAAAAAGGCCUUCAGUGAUCUCUAAGGAAGGCAGGAACUGUUUGGAUCCUCUCUGUUGGACACAUCUGCUUCUAUUCCAUGUAACCCCCCCAACCUGAACUCUGUAGAAUACAAUGAAAUAAGAUAAAUAAAUGUUAUGUGUGAACUGUGG